CCCUCUCUGAAGGCAGUUCUGAAGUGUUUUCAGCCUGUUCAUUCUCUCUCUUGCACACCAGUCUGGUAUUUACUCUCGAUUUAACCUCUGCUCCCCCAUCUGGAAGAUUCUGGCCAUCACCAUGACUGAGGACGAGCUGUCUGCCUUGGUGGUGGAUAAUGGGUCAGGGAUGUGCAAGGCAGGCUUUGGGGGUGACGAUGCCCCGCGGGCUGUGUUCCCGUCCAUGGUAGGUCGUCCCCGGCACCAGGGGGUCAUGGUGGGAAUGGGCCAGAAGGAUUGCUAUGUGGGAGAUGAGGCCCAAAGCAAGAGAGGCAUCCUGACCCUGAAGUAUCCCAUUGAGCAUGGAGUGGUCACCAACUGGGAUGAUAUGGAGAAGAUCUGGCACCACACUUUCUACAACGAGCUCCGUGUGGCACCGGAUGAGCACCCGAUCCUACUCACCGAGGCACCCCUCAACCCCAAGAUUAAUCGGGAAAAGAUGACUCAGAUCAUGUUUGAGGCUUUCAACACACCUGCCAUGUAUGUGGCUAUCCAGGCUGUGCUGUCCCUCUAUGCCUCGGGCCGGACCACAGGCAUCGUGAUGGACUCUGGGGAUGGGGUCACUCACACGGUGCCCAUCUACGAGGGUUAUGCCCUGCCCCAUGCUAUUCUGCGUCUGGACCUGGCGGGCAGAGACCUGACUGAUUAUCUCAUGAAGAUCCUGACAGAACGAGGCUACAACUUCACCACCACAGCUGAGCGGGAGAUUGUUCGCGAUGUCAAAGAGAAGCUGUGCUACGUGGCACUGGACUUUGAGCAGGAGAUGGUCAGUGCCACUGCAUCCUCCUCACUGGAAAGGAGCUACGAGCUUCCCGAUGGACAGGUGAUCACCAUUGGGAAUGAGCGCUUUCGAUGCCCAGAAGCCAUUUUCCAGCCUUCCCUUCUGGGCAUUGAGUCCAGUGGAAUCCACGAGACAACCUUCAACUCUGUCAUGAAGUGUGAUGUGGAUAUUCGCAAGGAUCUGUAUGCCAACACCGUGCUGUCCGGAGGCAGCACUAUGUAUCCUGGCAUUGCUGACCGGAUGCAGAAGGAAAUUGUAGCUCUGGCACCCAGCACCAUGAAAAUCAAGAUCAUAGCUCCCCCAGAGCGGAAGUAUUCCGUUUGGAUUGGGGGCUCCAUUCUGGCCAGCCUGUCCACAUUCCAACAGAUGUGGAUCAGUAAGCAGGAAUAUGAUGAGGCUGGUCCUCCCAUUGUUCACAGGAAAUGUUUCUGAAUGGGUUCCACACUAAUGCAUUUACAGUUUCUCCAAUUUCUAGGUCAUAGUGAUGCUAUCCACUUCCAACUGAGUCAAGGUAAAUCAUCCACUCUUGCUAGUGCGUAAACCAGCAAACUCAUUUCCAUCCAAGUACUGUGGGCUCCUGUCCAGCUAACCGUAUCUUGACCUCUAUCAACUUAAGCAGGAUUCUGAUCGUAUUCUAUGUUCUUUACCUCUAGGGUUCAAAGAAAUGUAGACUUGCUUAAAUGAAAAUAAGUGACAAGGAGUAAAAUAAGAAAUGUCUUUUCAAAAAUAAUCACUAAAAAAUAAAAAAGAAAGAAAUGUCCUUUCAGAAUGGAAAACUAGAAUUUCCAAGUUUUAAACACUAGUUCUUGCUUAAAAUAUUUAACAAUGGCAGUCUGUACCACCUUGUAAAAAAUGCGUAUGUGUUUUGCAAACAUGUCUUAUUAGUUAGAAUUUUGGUUUUGUUUUACGUCUUUGUAUAGAAAUAAUGAAUUAUAUGGGUCAAAAAUAUCCAUAAAUACAUUAAGCAAUAGGGAAAUAAAAUACUCUAUCCUAAAAUAUACUGACAAAUCUGGCAAUCAGAACAGCCAAUGCGAAUUUCUUAACUACCCAAUAGUCAACGUUUUAGUAACUCCAUAUUUUGUUUCCCUCAUUAAAUAAGCAUAAUGAAACAGCAGCAUUCCAUUAAUAUUGCUUAUAAAUCAACUGAAUUUUCAGCUCAGAAUAGAGUUCUGCUGAUCAAACACAUAUUUUAAUGUUUACCUGGUCGAACUUCAUUAUACUUGUAAAACAGCAAAACUACUACAGAUAAGGCCUAACUUCUAAAAUGGAGAAAGAGAUUGUAAUUUCAAAUUAAUUAAUGUCAUUAUGCCACAGUUUGACAAGGAUAAUUUUAUUUCUAUUGUUUAGCAUAAUAAUACAUGUCUUGAAUAAUUUCUGUAAGCUAUGAUUUUAGAUAUUUCUCUCAUCAAGGAUUUCACUGUGGGAAAAUACAGUUGCAACAUUUUGGAAAUGAUAAAUUCUAGUAUCAGUACAGUAAUUCCAAUUUUAUUACUGGAAAUAUUUUGGAAUAAUUCUGUUUUAUUAUGUCCAGUAACUAGCAAUACUUCUUUAAGCAAAGUGACUCUGAUAUACCAACAUCUUAGAAAAUAUCAGUGUAUCUUCCAAUGUUAAAAUUUUUUUAAUGAAUCCAAUGAUGAUUUUCAACCAGUUUUAAGUACAAGCACAUUUAUUUCAGUCUAUUCUGUGACUUCUCAUUAUAUGAAUAUCCACGAUAUUUGUAUUUUUCAGGGUUUUUUUCAUGAAAUUUUAGAAUUUUGGGGGGUUGCUUAGUAAAGCAUUAUCAUAGUCUCUUCUUCUCUUUCCCUUUUAGUUAGGAAGCUUAAACUUGUGUUUUAAUCUCUAAAUUGGAGUUUUUAAGCACUUUUUUUGCAUUUUUAAAACUUAUCAAAGAAUUUGAUUGUUUCUUAUUUUCUUUAAUAUAACAACACAAAUUUGAAAAAUUGUGCUCUACACUGGAAUUUGACACAACCUUGUAAAAUGAUUAUAAAUUAAUAAAAAAAGUUUAAAAUAUAUAUAUAUAACAACACAAUUUUCAAUGCAUUUAACCAAAAUUAAUCUCCAAAGGCACUUUAUUUUAUAAGACUUAGAGUUUCCUUUCUCCUUUAAUUAAUGUUUAAUAAAU